AUGACCACGAAGGCAUCGGGAGAUCCGUGCUUGAGAGCACUGAGGCUAGAGGAAUGGCUUGAGCAAGCUGAAAGCUUUCUGGCUCCUUAUUUGGAGAAAAAAGUCAUUGUUGUCGCAUUGGUAGGUAAAGACUCCGUAAAUCGCGGUAAAGGCGAAGAUCUCAAUGAUUUUCUUCGAAUGGAUGUAUUUCCGCGUUGGACAACUGAAGAAAGUACGAUGUCUAUCGAAGCUUUUUAUUGUGUGGAUACAAAUGUAGUCUAUCUGCUAGUGAAUGGUUAUGCGGACUUCACAAACUUGCGGCAAGUAUUAACACCGAAUCCCGAAAAGAACUUCUUCGAAAGAAUGGCUGAAAGUGAAGAAGAGGAAGUCCGGCUGCUACACUUCAUCAGCAUUUUUUCCCAUAUGAUCAUCUUUGUAGAAAGCAGCACUCGUUUUGAUAUAUCGCUUGCAGACAUGCUAGCGAGCGUCAAUAAAUUGAGGUGGACAAAAAAUGUCAGAGAAGAUAUCAGCGAAAUAAUAGAGGAAACCUCGAAGGAGUCUGCAGAAUGGAUAAAAGAGGGACGAGUCGCUUGUCCUCGUAUCGUGUUUGCUUUCCAGCGUAAUAUCAUUCGCACUGAACUCGGUUAUGUGAAAAAGGUAUGGCAAAGUUUGUUGUUUGCAGUUUUUUGUUUACUUUUCUCUUUCUUGUAA